UCCUAUAAAAUGUAUUUUGCAGAUCUGAAACGUGCCAGACAUGUACAUCCUUGGACUGUUGUCUUUGCUUGUUUUGCAAAGCAAGGCCUUCAACACAAAUUUCCCUGAUGAAACCGUUGCAGAGUUUUCUGUGAAUGUUUACAAUCAGCUGCGAGCUACAGGAGUAGAUGAGAAUAUUCUCUUCUCUCCUCUGAGCAUUGCAAUUGCCAUGGGAAUGGUGGAGCUUGGAGCCCACGGGUCCACCUUAAAAGAAAUUCGACAUGCCAUGGGGUUUGACAGCUUGAAAAAUGGUGAAGAAUUUUCUUUCUUGAAGGAACUUUCUGAUACGGUAAAUAGUGAGGAAAGCCAGUAUGUGAUGAAAAUUGCCAACUCCCUCUAUGUACAGAAUGGAUUUCAUAUCAGCGACAAAUUUUUGGAGUUGGUGAAAAAAUACUUCAAGGCUGAAGUAGAAAACGUAGAUUUUGGUCAAAGUGCAGCUGUUGCCAGUCACAUUAAUAAGUGGGUGGAAAAUCAUACAAACAAUAUGAUCAAAGAUUUCGUGUCAUCAAGGGAUUUUAGUGCCCUGACUCAUUUGGCCCUCAUCAAUGCAGUUUACUUUAAGGGAAACUGGAAGUCUCAGUUCAGGCCUGAAAACACAAGAACUUUCUCUUUCACUAAAGAUGAUGAAAGUGAAGUGCAGAUUCCGAUGAUGUACCAACAGGGAGAAUUUUACUAUGGAGAGUUUAGUGAUGGCUCCAACGAAGCUGGAGGCAUCUAUCAAGUUCUGGAAAUACCAUAUGAGGGGGAUGAGAUAAGUAUGAUGAUCGUUCUUUCCAGACAGGAAGUUCCACUGGUCACCCUGGAACCGCUGGUCAAAGCCCAGUUGAUUGAGGAAUGGGCUAGCUCUGUGAAAAAACAGAAAGUGGAGGUGUAUCUACCACGGUUCACAAUAGAACAGGAAAUUGAUCUGAAAGAUGUUUUGAAAGGUCUUGGAGUUACAGAAGCAUUUGGCCGAAGUGCUGAUUUCACUGCAAUGUCUGAUAACAAAGAGCUUUACCUUGCUAAAGCAAUUCACAAGUCAUUCAUAGAAGUUAAUGAAGAAGGCUCUGAAGCUGCUGCUGCCUCAGGAAUGAUUGCCAUUAGUAGAAUGGCAGUGCUGUACCCGCAGGUCAUAGUUGAUCAUCCGUUUUUCUUUCUGGUCAGGAACAGGAGAACAGGAACAAUCUUGUUCAUGGGAAGAGUAAUGCACCCAGAAGCAAUGAAUUCAAGCGGCCAUGACUUUGAAGAACUCUAACUCUCCUUCACCACCAUCACCUGAUUUAAAAAAAAAAAGAGGAAAUAAGCACACUGAGUUUGCAAAUUAUAUAUUUAAGGUUUGCCGUGUUUAAAGACACUGUCUAAAAUACUUUCAGAUUUAACUGUGGCUUAAAAUUACAAGCCAGGCUUGUGGAGGAAAGCUUUCAGUAUUAAAAUAAUGGUUCUAUUGCUGUCAUUGUGAAUGCUGUGUUGGUCCUUAAAAUAAAAUUGUGUAUAUGUCAACAUA